UGAUUCACCUUUGCCAGUCUCAUCCCGUGUCUGCUUUGUUAAGUUCCAUGACCCGGACUCAGCAGUUGUGGCACAGCAUCUGACAAACACUGUAUUCGUUGACAGAGCUUUGAUAGUCGUACCAUAUGCAGAAGUGGAGAAGGCAAAUGCAAAACUCUUCCAGAUGACUGAAAAACAGUGGGUCCUCUGCAGCUACAGGGGAUUCUAGACAUUAACUAAAGGCCAGCAAGCACUCAAGUCCCCCAAGUGUUUUCCUGGUGUAACCAUCCAUUUGUUAACUACAUUUUCUCUCUUUUUACAUUUUAGGCUGUUAAAGUAAUUUGACAGAAAAAUAAUGAGCAGGGUUUUGGAUCUAAAAAAGCCACUGUGACAAGACAGCACUAUAUUAAUUCCAUUUUGUAAAAUUUUCUGAAACAUAUUUUAUAAUUAGUUUGUUCCCAAUGUACUGCUACCUUAUUUGCUUUUCGGUAACUAUAAAUUUUGAUCAAAGAAAUCACUGGAAUAUAAAAUUACUGGAUUUUAAGCUAAUAAUUUAAAAUAUAUGCUGACCAGAAUUUAAAUGCUUUCCCCUUAAUGAACUGGUCAGUGGAAGCAGAAUUUUGAUAUUGUUAACUUUAGAUGCUAUCUCAGAUCUUUGAAUACCAGUGUGAACAUUUACACCAUGCCUUGUAAAAGUUGUGAAAUGUCUAGUCCUUAAAACUUAGAAAAAUUGCCUUUGUGGUUUUCUAAAGAAAUUAAAUUGCAUUCAUAGAUGGAUUAAGGCAUGCUAUAUAAUAAUAGUACAUCUGUCUCCGUGAUAUUAAAGUGUGUGAGCCCUAUUUUAAGGUUUUAAAAUAUAUAUGCUGAUAAACGUUUGAGUUAGUGUGUUUUGAUUAAGCAAUUUCUUUUAUAUCAGUGUGCCUGUUGUAGGGUAAGACCACCAAGAGAAAAUUUACAGAAUUCAGAUUUAGGAUAAGUAAAAUACAGUUUUUGAAACAGAGUUCAAAUCAUGUGAGUAAUGUGCAGAACUUUAGUUAGGCUUUAAAUUUAAAGAAUUCUUAUUGGCUAAGUAUCAUAGUUCCCAAGUCCUGAACAUAAUACAGUAUAUCAUAUAACUGACUUUCAUAAGUAUUUUCAGACUAUAGUAUCCUUUCUAGAUCUGUUUUGUAAAUGAAAUGUUUAGGAAUGUAUAUAGAAUUACAGAAAUAUUUAGUUCCAGAAUCUGUUUUUGGUUUAUUUGAUUAUUGGUAUGGUAUGCUGUAUUAAUGUUACCACCGCUAAAUAACUGAUGUACUCAGUCCCUUUGUCACCAUUCACCCUAGUUUUAGCUCUUACACUUUGGUGUUGGCUCUUGGUCAGUGUUUUAGAACAAUAGACACAAAGUCUACGGUAAGGAAUAGUCUUAAUUGGUAAAACCGAGAUAGCUGGAUUUGGAAGGAACUCUUAAUAGUAAUGGAUUUGGGGGUUAUUUAGGUUCCUUGGUUAAUGUUUGUUUCUUUUGUCUGUUUCUUUUUCUUUCAUUUCUACACAUUCAUGCAGUAUUUCAUGGUUCUAUCAAAGCAGCAGUAAAAAAAAUACUCUUGACGCAUGAAAAUUAACUGUUCUUUUCCCUGGUUCAGCCUGAACUAUAUACCAGGCCCUGCUGAAAAUACCACCCAACAGUUUUCUUCUGCAGCUUAUCCAGUUUCUCUUAAGUGCCCUGUACAUAUUGUAUGUUUUAUGAUGAGAUGCAGUUUCUUAAUAUGUAUUACAGAAAUACUACUGGUAUUUGCAAAUAUGUAGUUUAAUUGUAUUAUUGAACUCUCAUUUUGGGGGCUUGGGCACAUUAACAGAUUAAUCCAUCUGUAUAGGGCUUUUGCUGUUGGAUAGAAUUUAAAUUGUCUACAUAAAUAUUUGUUUUAGGGCCCUUAGAUUUUAUCUGAAUACACAGAUUAGGCUUUAAAAACAGACAUACAUGUUGUUUUUGGCUUUAGGAGUUUGGCUAAGUUAGCUUUUGAACUGACACUAUGUAGCAGCAUUUUUGGUAUGGUUAGCCAUGGCACAUGUUGGAAUAUAAAGCAUUUUACUAUACAGGUAAGGAAUGUGCCAUGUUGUUUUACCUAUUCUCUCUCUUUCUUACUCACUCACUUUCACACACACAUCCUGUGUGUAUUCAGAGACCUUCAGAAACAUUCAUAUUCAUUUUCAUGAGUCAGCAAAAGCCCUACGCUUGAUUCCAACAGAAUAUUUCCUUUACAUACUUUUCUUCUCUUAAUUUUUACAAAAUUUGUAUGGUAGGUGUAAAAGAAAAUCAUAGUAACUGUACCAUAUUAUUAACCCCUAAAUCAAACUUUUUUUGUCUUGUGUAUCUUGAUUUUUCUGUGUGCUUUAUAGUGAAGCAGCCGACACGAGUCGUUGUUCAUAAAACAGCUUUUGAAAGUUGAGAGCACACCCCUGGAGAACCGACUGUGCUUGCUUACGUUUGGUUCAUGACUUAAAAAUCGAGUACAGGAGUUAUUCCUGAUGAGACUAAGGCUUUGUCUCUGUUGGCACCAGCUAAUGCAGUGGCAGGUCUUCUGCCUGGUGGUGGACUCCUGCCUACCCCUAACCCACUUACCCAGAUUGGCGCUGUUCCAUUGGCUGCUUUGGGAGCUCCUACUCUUGAUCCUGCCCUUGCUGCACUUGGGCUUCCUGGAGCAAACUUGAACUCUCAGUCUCUUGCUGCAGAUCAGUUGCUGAAGCUUAUGAGUACUGUUGAUCCCAAGUUGAAUCAUGUAGCUGCUGGUCUUGUUUCACCAAGUCUGAAAUCAGAUACCUCUAGUAAAGAAAUAGAGGAAGCCAUGAAGAGAGUACGAGAAGCACAGUCCCUAAUUUCUGCUGCUAUAGAACCAGAUAAGAAAGAAGAAAAACGAAGGCACUCAAGGUCAAGAUCACGUUCUAGGAGGAGGAGGACUCCCUCAUCUUCUAGGCACAGGCGGUCAAGAAGCAGAUCAAGAAGGAGAUCACAUUCUAAGUCAAGGAGUAGGCGACGAUCCAAAAGUCCAAGACGGAGAAGAUCUCAUUCCAGAGAGAGAGGUAGAAGGUCAAGGAGCACAUCAAAAACCAGAGACAAAAAGAAAGAAGACAAAGAAAAGAAACGUUCCAAAACACCACCAAAAAGUUACAGCACAGCCAGACGUUCCAGAAGUGCAAGCAGCUUGCACAUUUGUGGUUCCAGAGAGAGGCGACGACGACGAAGUAGGAGUGGCACGAGAUCUCCUAAAAAGCCUAGGUCACCUAAAAGGAAAUUGUCUCGCUCACCGUCUCCUAGGAGACAUAAAAAGGAGAAAAAGAAAGAUAAAGACAAAGAAAGAAGCAGAGAUGAAAGAGAACGGUCAACAAGCAAGAAGAAGAAAAGUAAAGAUAAGGAAAAGGAUCGGGAAAGAAAAUCAGAGAGUGAUAAAGAUGUAAAACAGGUUACACGGGAUUACGAUGAAGAGGAGCAAGGGUAUGACAGCGAGAAAGAGAAGAAGGAGGAGAAGAAGCCGCCAGAGCCAGGUUCCCCUAAAACAAAAGAAUGCUCUGUGGAGAAGGGAACUGGUGAUUCACUAAGAGAAUCUAAGGUGAAUGGGGAUGAUCAUCAUGAGGAGGACAUGGAUAUGAGUGACUGAAUGUUGCCCCCAUGGGAGUCCAACUGUAUACAUGCAUCAGUGUCAUUCCUUUGUGUGAUUUCUUAAUGCUGUAUUUGUUCAUCUCAAACCUGGAUGUAUACAGCUCUUGAGUUAUAAAUGGUUAUAAAGCUCCUGAUCUUGAUAUUAGUUAUUUACAUCCAAAAGCUUUUAGAAAAUGAUACAUGAGUAACCAGGUCUUGACAUGGUGAAAUCUGAUUGAGUAACCAAGCAGUUUUACUAUUCUGGUGCUGCUUCAUAACAAAAAUGAAAAGCUGCAUGCAUCUACAGCAGGCAUGGAUUGUUUAUGUUGUAUGAUCUCCUUUAUUAAGUAAGUUCACUUAUAGUAUUUCUAGAAUUUGAUUCAUUGCCGUAAUAGAGCCAUGUAGGGAAUGCACUGAUUGCAUGUUAAUUGUGGCAGGAAUAUCCUAAAUGUCAUUAAAAUCCUCCAACAUGAUGGACCCACUUAUGGUCUUGUUUGUUGACAUGACAGAUUAACAUUCUUAUAGUUACAUCUGAAAAUGAACAUUUGAAAUAGAUAAUCCUUUAAGCCUUGUGGCUAAAUUUUUGUGGCUUUUGUUUAACUUUGAAAGGUUAUAUAUGCACUAACCUUUUUUGAUGGCUGAUUAGGCUUUAAUUACAGAAACAAGAUUUCAAAUGAAACUGUCUUUGGCAGUGAGUAAAUAGCGUAUUUUGAAGUAGAGUUGUAUACUUUUUCAUAAGGUGUUUGGGAAUUUUUUUUCCUGAAAUAAUUUAUUCCACAUCUACAUCAGUGAAAGCUUCUGCCUAUCCUGAGUCCAUCUGUAAAAGAAAGUUAUCUCUCGUCCUGAUUUUCAAUUUUCCACUCUUUUAUUAAUUUGUUUUAAUCUCAGUGUUGGAAAAGGGGUAGUGCAUUUUAAAUUGACCUUCAUAUGCUUUUAAAAUAAGACAAAUCUACUUGAUAAUGUACUUUUUAUUUGAUCUCAAGUUGUAUAAAACCAAUAAAUUUGUGUUACUGUUACUGCAGUAGUAAUCUUAUGCACACAGUGAUUCCAUGUUAAAUACAAAGUAGUUAGGCAACUGUUUUCUUAGUUACAGGAGUUUCAAGCUUCACUUUUGUGCAGUAUAAACAAAAGUAGGCUACAGUCUGUGCCAUGUUGAUGUACAGUUUCUGAAAUUGUUUUACAAGACUUUGAUAAUAAAACCCUUAAACUUAUGUUCAUGUUCCUGUAAAACUGUAUUUGUAUUUAUUUACACUAUUGAAUGUAUGACAUUUACCUCAUUCAUUUUACAAAUCAAGAUCUUUCCCCUUUCAAUCCACAUACUUAAGUAUAGUAAUAAGAUGAAAUCCAUCACUGUAGCAAUUAGUUGCCAUCAGAAUUGUCAAAGUUGGCUUUAUUUCUAUCUAAAGCAGUUUUAGUGUAAUUUUAUUUCACAUAUUCUGGGUAUAGGAAUUGGGUUGAGUAAAGCAGUGAACUUUAGGAUAAAUGAUCCCACCUAUACCUGGUAAAUUAAUAUUUUCAGUGAAAUAUAAAUAUUUGCCUUUUCUGGAAUAGUAAUAGAAACUGUCCAUGGUAUGUAUCUACUGUACAGUACUAAAUAGUAUAUUUAUUCAUUUAUGAAAUAUUCUUGAGUAGUGUUUGAGUGGCUGGCACUAUGGGGAAAAUGAGACUUGGAAUUGUAGGUUUUAUGCAAGUUUGAGUAUAAUUUUUUUUAACUUUUAAAAGUUGAAAUGCCAUAUAGAAAAGCAGCAUUGUUUUUACAGUUUGUAGUAACUUUUUAAAGAUUUUAUCAAAAGGAAUUUUGUCUAUAGUGAGUAAGAAGUUCUAGUAAUAGUCCUCUAUUAAUCAUUGCAUUUUUUUAAACACAAAAUUGAACACAAAUGACAUUUGUUUAAACUUUUGGAAACUUUUUUGGUAGAUAAAGGUUGAACCAUAUGACAUUGCCAUUUUUUUAAGUGAAAAAACUAGUAAAAAUAUUGGCAGUUUCACAUGGUUAAACCUACUAUUAAAACCUAUUCCCUCACUUGUAAUCGCUGCAUACAAAUAUACUAACUUUCCAAAAGCAGUUAAAUUUUUGGCUUUAAAAUGUCACUGACUUAAGAUGUUAACAUCGAAGGGAAUCCACCUUUAGGUUAUUUUUCAGUGAACAUUUUAUGCACAAAGGUAGGGUUGCACUGGGACACAAACCUUUAACACAUAAUCAGUUAAAAUCAAGUGAAUACUGCCUCCACACUUGAGUUUUGUUCUGUAUUUGGUAGUAAAAAUGAUUAAAAAAUAAAAGUGGUUUU